AUGGCCGCAGAUGAUGGGCUGACCAUAGAUCCCUUCCAUGGCGAGGUGGUGAAGCUCACCAGGCCGGCCGCGGAGGCAUCCCUGCACGAUGGCCGCAGGCCAGCUCUGUACAAGCCGACAGGCUUCGAGCUGGAGAAGACGCGGAACCGAGUGGAGGCGGGACGUGACAUCGACAGCGACAUGGGCUCGGAGACCGGGGAUCGCGCCUUCUGGGUGACCUUCAUCCGGGUGAACCCCAUGAAGAGGCCUGGGGCGCACAAGGUCGAGUCUGCGGACUGGGGAGACCCAGACAAUCCUUUGAUGGGACCCCACGGCCCUUCCUUCAUCGGCCGCGUCGUGCGCGACCCGGUGUCGGCCAAGGUGAAGCUGGUCUACGACGGACACAACCGCUACGACUUCCACGCAGUGGAUCUCUGGUCACGGGGUGUCGUGGAAGGGACGGUGGAGAAGCUGAAAAAGGACAAGUACAUCUUCAAGCCUGUGCCGAUGCUCUACCGCACCUGGAUGUACCAUGAGAGCUAUCGGAGCCACCGAAGCCACACGACCACCUCUGACGACACGGGCGUCAUCCGUCAGAUCCUGAGCAAGGAGUGCAUUGAUGCCGACAUCUCUGCUGGCCGGUGGUCCCCUUUGGUUCCACUUCUGCCGGCCGCCUUCUGCUGCGCCCUCACCUGCGACGAGCUGUCAGUGGGCACGGCCGUCCUUCUCGCUUGGCUUAUCCAAAAGGCCGGGAAGAGCCUGAACAAGCCGGAGAGGUACAAAGAGCUCCGCCUCUGGAUGCUGCUGCCCCGGCUGGCUUGGAUGGCCUUCCUCAUCUUCCGGGCCUUCUCGUGGCUUCCCGAGGCGGCGGUGCUGAACAUCGUCGGCCUGGCUGGAACUCUGCUCUUUUGCUGUCUGGACUUCCUCUACGGGGACAGGGAGUCUGCCAACAAGUACCGGCUCAAUUGCAGCUACGAGGUCGUGAAGGUGCUUCCCAAUCGCGUCUUCCUCUGCCGCCGCGUGGGGGCAGCGGACCUCGAGAAUCUGUUUGGCAGCCGCGGCACGGUGCAUCAGAACAUCACAGGCAUUGGGUCCUGGGGCCGGGAUAUGACCCUCAUCGCCGAGUUGAUGGGUUGCAUCUUUGAGCUGCGACCCUUCGGCGCCAAGGAUUGGGAGGUUCUCAUGAACCAGAACCCAGGCACAGACAAUGCCAGGCUUCACUAUUGGGGCAUGGACUGCUACGACCCUGUGAUUCCCACGUGGAUCGACCUCAAUCGCAAGGAGCGCGUCGAGGCGGCUUGA